AGCUGCGGCUUUGGCCUUGCUGACUGCUCGCCUGCUGGCUGGCCGGCCCUCAGGGCCACCAGGCACCGCCCGCCUUCUUCCCGGGCAAGCCAGGUAG